GAGACAUACGGACACCGGGCUGUGUAUUGUGGCUGGUAGAACAGGUGUAAGAAGAGAAGAGAGGUGCAUCUUUCGUUUAUUCUCAUUUGGGAUUUAAGCUGCUUCAGAUUGGCGUCAAGACCAGGAGAGGAUUCCCCCGGCUUUUGGAGCUUGGCUCGCGGCUCUGAUCCAACACGGGACUUUGUUUUGAAACUGAAGGGGUGUAGAGGACACUUGCCUCUACAGGCUUUCUCGCCAACCUGCUUGACAGAUGGCACCGGCAGAAUGAUCUUUGACUCUCGCCCAGGAACCAUACCUCACUUUGCUCACUGAGCCCCAUCACCUCCCUCUAACCCAUAGACAGUACCUUGGUGGAAACGGCGACGACCUGGAGCACAGAACAGACCUCUACAACCUGAACAAGCACAAGUGAGGCCAACUGUGUCUUCUUCUGCCUCAGGGAUGCCAAAAUACGAACCAACUGAGAACAAUGCCCAAGCCUGAAUCAUAGCAUCAAUAUUCAAGGGCUGACAUCUGGUGCCUUCCCCUUUAACAUAAACACCAGCAGUUAAGGUAUCUGCUCCGGCUCCUUGGACAGCAGCACAGCCAGUGUUUGUAACUUGGCCUGGCAGUCCCCGGGGAGGACCAGCAACGGAGUUGUGUUACAUUCCCUGACAGGCCUUAUGCAUGUUUCAUCUGCUGCGCUCAGAACAGAAGCCCCUUUUGUUAUCUAAUCUAGCCCUCUUCUUCCCAGCCUGAGUGAACGAGUUUAUUGCAACAAGACUGUUCUUCACAGACUGUCAACCAGACGCCAAGCUGAUACAUAUUCAGCAGCUGAGGAGCACGAAGAGGACUUUGUCAGGCCGGAGAUAUCUGGACCUCUUUUAUAACUACUGGAUAGCACUAGAAGAACAUAAAACUACAAAGGGCCAUGUGAGGUUUUAAAAACGAUCUGGGCCGUGCUUUAUCUUUUAAGGACGAAACUCCAACUUUAAGCUACAGAACUAAAGAGUCCAGAUCUCCUAAAGAACUUUGUCUGGGCCUGUUUGGAUUUUAGACUUGGAGCAAUGAGUGACACUUUGAGACCUCCUUCACUCCAGGUGAGUGUUCCCAAAGAUGCCCCGGCUUAUUCCGACGGAGGGAACAAUGCAGUGUCAGAUGGGUCUGUGCGAUCCAGCUCCUCAACCCCGACUCUCCGUCGCAAGCGCUUCAAGAUGCGACGCAUGAGGAAUGUGCCAAGCGAGAGGGAGAACGCAAGAGCGCAGCUGGCCAACAUUCAGCUUACAGCCAGAUCCCGAUCCAGCUCCAAGGAGUACCUCCAGCUGCCUUCCAUUGAGAUCACCCCGUCCAGCGAUGAGGAUGCGCCGUCUUCCUGGUCAAGCUGCUCCACUCCUAGCGCGUCUCCACGCCGCAGGCGUUUCCUGUUGAGGAGGUGGCUGAAGGUCAGAGAGAAGAAGGAGCAAGGCAGUGAAAGCAGCAGCCAGCAAAGCAGUCAGCAGAGCAGCCUGCAGAGCAGCCACGAAGAUGACAGCACUCGCUUCUUGACACCACUGAUCCGGGAGGAGAGGUCUGACAGUGCAGCGGACAAAAUCAGCACUGCCAGUAACUCAAACAAGAGCUCUCCCACCUGCUCACCAGUCCUGCGUAAACGUUCGCGCUCUCCCACACCACAGACCCAGGAGGGUGAGAACAUGGUGGAGAAAGGUUCAGACCACUCCUCCGACAAGUCCCCCUCCACACCUGAGCAGGUCGUCCAGAGAACGUACUCGUUGCAGUCGGCGAGAAGUGGCGGAAAGAACUCCAAAUCUCACAAGCGACUUUCCAAAUAUGACAGACUUAAUCUGAUUAAAAAGAGCCAAAGCUGGUACAAUCAUGAAAGACAGCACAUCAUGAGAGUGCUGAGCCCGACGUACAAGCAGCGCAAUGAGGACUUCAGGAAACUCUUCAAGCAGCUCCCCGACACAGAGAGGCUCAUUGUGGACUACUCCUGUGCUCUUCAGCGGGACAUCCUCCUGCAGGGACGGCUCUACCUCUCCGAGAACUGGAUCUGUUUUUAUAGCAACAUCUUCCGCUGGGAAACUCUGCUGACAGUACGGCUAAAGGACAUCUGCUCGAUGACAAAAGAGAAGACUGCUCGUCUCAUUCCCAAUGCCAUUCAGGUCUGCACGGACAGCGAGAAGCACUUUUUUACCUCGUUUGGAGCCAGAGACAGGACGUACAUGAUGAUGUUCAGACUCUGGCAGAAUGCCCUGCUUGAGAAGCCACUGUGCCCUAAAGAGCUUUGGCACUUUGUCCAUCAAUGUUACGGCAACGAGCUGGGCCUAACCAGUGAUGAUGAGGACUACGUCCCACCUGAUGAUGACUUCAAUACCAUGGGGUUCAGCGAGGAGAUUCCCAAUGAAGAGAACGAGAUAAACAACGACAACUUGACAAAGAACAGCGCAGACGCCAAGCCUGAGGGGAGUCCUCCUCCUCUACACAAGAAAGUUAUCCCAAAUAACUCCCUCCCAAGCCCAGGAAACCGUGACACAACCAUCACUUUUGAACUCCCUGCAGAGGAAUUUGCUGACUGCCUACCAGACGGUGAGUUGCUAACGGUGCCCCUGGUGGUAGAGGACAACAACGACACCAGCGGGCCUGGUGGUCCCAUUCCCUCACCUUCGCUGGACUUUAACGACAACGAAGAUAUCCCCACUGAGCUCAGUGACUCAUCAGAAACCCACGAUGAGGGUGAGGUGCAGGCCUUCCAUGAAGACCUGAAUGGCAGGCAACAUAUCAACGAGGUGUACAAGUUCAGUGUGGACAAGCUCUAUGACAUCCUCUUCACAGAGUCUCAGUUUAUGAGUGACUUCAUGGAGCAGAGGCGAUUUUCUGAUAUUGUGUACCACCCAUGGAAGAAGGAGGAGGCAGGAAACCAGUCCAGAGUGAUCAUGUACACCAUCUCUCUGUCCAACCCUUUGGCACCGAAAACGGCCACGGUCACAGAGACGCAGACUCUGUACAAAGCCAGUCAGGAGAGUGAGUGCUACAUCAUCGAUGCUGAGGUGAUCACGCAUGACGUGCCCUACCAUGAUUACUUCUACACGCUCAACCGCUACAUGCUCACACGGGUGGCCAAGAACAAGUGUCGGUUACGGGUUUCAACAGAGCUGCGGUACAGGAAGCAGCCGUGGGGGCUGGUAAAAGGAUUCAUUGAAAAGAACUUCUGGAGUGGACUUGAAGAGAACUUCCGCCAAUUGGAGGUGGAGCUAUCCAAGCUGGAGGAGCUAUUGAUGGAGACCCACCAGCUGUCUCCGAAGGCCAAGGUGGUGAAGAACGCCACGGUGAGGCGGAAGAAGCGACCUCUGCCCCAUAUUCGCAGCCAGCACCUGGAUGAGGCCCUCAGCCCUGUUACCACGCCGACAGAUGAUGAAGUGAUUCAGAGGAUCAAACAUGUGGUUGGCUCCACGCAGACCAGGCACCAAAGUCCAGAACACCGUCACCUGCCGGGAGGCCUGGCUCUGUACAGCGUCUCCAAACUGCUGCUCAUCAUCAGCUUUGUGAUCUGCCUCAGCUUGGUCCUCCUGGUGUUCCUCAACAUGAUGCUCUUCUAUAAGCUUUGGAUGCUGGAGUACUCCGCGCAAUCCCUAACAACGUGGCAAGGUCUGCGGCUACAGGAGAGUAAGCUGCCUCAGACCCAGAUGGAGUGGGCCCAGCUCUUGGAGGCGCAGCAGCGUUACCACGACGCCGAACUGCAGAAGUGGAGAGACAUCAUAAAGUCGUCAGUGGUGCUGCUUGACCAGAUGAAAGACUCAUUGUUGAACCUCCAGCGAGGCAUUGGUUUGAGGGACUACGGUUCAGAGACCGAGGAGAAGAAAAGUCGCUAUCACUGACGCGCCACCACAAGGCCAUGAGGGCAUGCUGUGCAAUAUAAGGACCUGUUUUGUGUGUCAAGCGGUAUGGAGGCAGCAGCAGGGCAGAGAGGGAGGCGGGACCAACGGUUAGCGGGUCCAAAGACACAAAGGAAGGGACAGUAGUAGUUUCCCCGAGCACAGAAGCUAACGUGCCCUCAGAGAGGGGAGCACUGGAGGUAUCCCCGACAUCUCUGAGGCACGGCGGGAAGAUGCGAGACUUUCUCGUUCUUUACGCCACUGGGGAAAGUUUUCCACUCUGCUCUUUUUCAUUUUCAAGUGCAUCCUACUGUAAGCCAUGAAAACAGGAGAGUCUCCGAGAUAAAGAAGGAGCUACUGCAUGCAUGUAGACAACCCUAGUCCUCAAUCAGUGUUAAUAUGGUCCAGUUCCAGUCUAUGUAUGUCAGAAGAAAAAAAAAAAAAGAACAGAAAAAAGAGAGACCCAGUCAAAGGACGUGGGUAUCUUUUGAGUCUUAAACUUUCUUGACUGUUCCAAAAACAAAUCAUCCCCUCGAAGUCCAAGCUGUAGCGUCCCUUUAGCAAACCCCCGAGGGAUCCUGGCCCAGGUUCAACAAAACUGAACUGCUACUAUAGCCGAGAGAUCAGCUUCACUGAUCCCCCGUCGCCUUGAACCUGGCCUGUGAAGUUCUUGUCAGGGCUGGCUCCCUGUCAGAACAACAUGUCAAAAUGUUAAAAAUCUGCGGAUUGCUAUGACCCCAGAUUCCCUUAUCAGCAUAGAUUACCAGUCGGAUGGUUACUAACUACUGCGUUGCAUUAUUUCCCCUCCUCCUGAUGAAGUGGAAUGUAUUAGUCUAUUAGGACUGGGUCCGAUUUCCAACAGUACCUAUUAACGUUUGAAUUGGGACUCUGCAGCCAGGCUAGUGGGGAGACCUGCAUUCUUACAUGUUUUAUUACGAAACUGUGAUGAAAUCUCUUUACAGAUGUUUCAAAUUGCAAAGGAUUCUAUGAAUAUAUUUGAAAUAUAAGAAUAUUUCAUUAUUUAAUAUUUAUAUUUCAAUAUAAACAUAUAUAAAUACAUGACCUAUAUUUAUUGUUAAUUUAUGUACAUACAGAAAUUCUCAGAGCUCGAGACCACUUAAAGAGUUUCUAACGAAGUGUUUUCUUCUAAGAAAUGCAUGCCAGAUAUGUCUGUGACAUGUCCAGUGUGCAAGUAUGAUUCUGCAUUCGCGCGAUUAUAUUCGCGCUCUUAUGUGCGUGAGAGUGUUUGCGUGCGUGUGUGUGUGUGUGUGUGUGUGUGAGAGAGUGUGGGUCCGUGUGCGUGCCCACACGUGUGUGCUGGAAAGUGUGACAUUUUUACCAUUCUACACUUGUAUGUUUGGGUUUUUUUUGUUUGUUUGUUUGUUUUUUUCAUUUUACUUUUUCUUUUCUGGCUCCCUGCAGCCAGACUGCCUUUUUUUUUUGUUUUUUGUUUAAUCGCUAACAAGUUUUGGAUGCCGCCUUGCAUUAUAGUCCCACCAGGGUCCAGUUUACACUAGAAGAGUUUUGCUUCAAAGUGAUGUAUCCGGAAUCUGAAAAACAAAAUGAUCCCCUGCUUUUGCAAAGGGAUUGGUUGCAAAAGCUGAUGCAUUCCUUGAAAUAAUUAUUUAAAAAAAAAAAA